CUGGGCCUGAGCAGAGAAGGGAAGUGGGCUCCGCUCGUGCGCCGCCGGAGCUUUUCCGGAGCAGACGCUUUCCGGCGUUACGCGCUGAGCCUCAUGGAUUUGAACUGGCAGUUCUGGAGAAGCGAGGGCCAAACCUUUUUUCAAAGGUUUCUUCAUUGGGUAGAUAUUUUGGACCCUACGCUCCUGUUUAUACCAAAUAAGGAAAUCCUCAUAUCCAGAACCCUUUUGCCAAGUAGUAAAGAAAACAUCGCAGAGUCCUUAGAGGACCAAAAGAUAAGAGAAGCCUGGAAGCUGAGUUUGGCUUCUGUACAUCCUUGCACUGGCGAAACAAUUCCUUUCUUACUUAGGCCUCCAGCUUUCCUGCCUAUUUAUGCUCCACUGGUUGUCGUUACUUUAUUACCACACAGAAAAACAUCGUCAGCUUUUAUUUGCCAGUUCCUUUUCCAUUACUAUAUCGCUGGAGUCAGCUUGGCAAAUGGGAAUCCUCCAAAACAAGACGAGAAGAAAACUACAGAAAUGGUGUUUUCACGAAAGCAAUUACUUCUCUCCUUUGGGGUGAUCACGUAUGCCUCCUGCAUGGGAGCUCUUCCUCACUACUUUGUAACUCGUUAUGACCUGAGUCCUUCCGGGCAGCGCGUCUUCAGGAACUUCAUGCCUGGCCCACUUACAGCCCUCUUGUGUGCGUUGAAUGUGAUGGUAACUAGAAGCAGUGAGUAUGAGAACGGGAUUGAGGUCAUGGACAGCCAAGGCCAGGUCAUUGGGGUGUCUCAAAAAGCUGGAGAAAAGGCUGUGGAACAAACAGCGCUAUCCAGAGCAGUAAUGUUUGGUACAGCAAUGUUUUUUCCAGAGGCUGCUCUGCAGCUCUUAAAGCGCACAAGCAGUUUACUUCGAAAGCCAUUUGUUUUGAAUCCGCUGAGAUAUGUUUUGACAGCUGCAGUCCUUGGAGGAAUGGUACCCGUUUCGCUCAGUUGGAUGCCACCGAUUGGCAAGAUAAAAACAAGUGAUCUUGAACCUGAAAUAGCUGCUUCCACGGAAGAAACAGAAGUCUUCUACUACAAAGGACUUUAAUGUGGGCACUUGAUAAUGACCAGGACUGCUGUUCCUGGUAUAUCGAAGUAUUCAAACUUACGGAAGUGAACAUUUGGUAUCUUUCACCUAGGAAGUUGUUGAUUAUGUUGAAAGACAUGAAUCAACAUUUGAUCAGACCCAUCUUCUGUACAUCUGUUUAAUGCAAAAUCUCUACUUUCUGAUGCAAUCAUGUAUGAAAAGAACAAACUACAUUUUGUUGAGAAAACUCCCGACAUAUUACUAAUGCCCUUCAAUAGGGAAAAGGUUUAAUUGUGUGAAAGACCUGUGUGUAUCCAUUGAAAGCCUGUGGCAGACAACAAAAGAACAAUUUAAAGUUCCCCCAGCCACCCAGUGACGCUUUCAGCGACUGCCAACUUCUCUAAAGAGAACAUUAUGUGAUCACUACCUUCUGGUGAAAUUUAAGCUGCUUCCCUGGUUGAGCUGGAUCUUGGUUAAAGCUUCAGAAAGGCUAUGCAAAUUGUACUGUGGUUUACCCUAUGGCAAGAAUGUUGUAGGUUGUGGCGUGGGCCCUACAAACUUCCCUACCUCGUCACUAAACCGUUCACAGCUUGCAGCUUGGGAGCAGCUUUCAAUAAGGGAAAUAUUUUCUAUAUAGAAGGAAAGUGCUUAAAGUGCUGUGAGAGGUGUUUCGGGUAGAGGAACUAGAGCAGUAGCAGCCAAUAUGGCACCUGCCAGCUGUUGCUGGACUACAAUGCCCAUCACGCUAACCACUGGCCCUGCUGGUUGCAGCUGAUGGGAGCUGGCAUAUGGAGAAACACUUGGGAGGGCAACAGGUCUCGUCCCCCCCCCGGUCCUUAUCUAUUAAAUAUUCAUACUUGUGCAAA